GGCAAUGAUAACACCCAAGUGAAAAACAAAAAACAUUCAUGUAUCGGUCAAUGAGAAAUGUAACAGAAAAGGGAACAGAAAUGGGUACUGGUGGGUUAUAUUGGUUAAGCUUCACCAUGACAUGGCCCCCCGCAUACCAGUAGAUUCCAGCUAAAGCCACCCGACAUGGGUUGUGCCACACUAUUUUUUUUUCCCUACACACCCACUUUCAGAACUUAAUUGGAAUUAGUGCAUCCCUACACCCAUCUAUACAACAGGAAACAUCUCUGUGAAGGGAAAGCACUCUAACCAGUUGCAGAGAAAGGUGCUUAGGCCCAUUGUCCAGUUUUACAGAUCAGCUAUUGGGUAUGAACCCCAUGAAGAGGAUAUGAAUUCCGUGGUCCACAUCAGACUCCACAAGAUGGAGGAUCAGAGUUUAAAGAAGGGCGGUGUCCAGAAUGGCACGAGUGACACACCCAAAGAGGGCAAAGCCACCGCGCUGCAGAGAGAGGUGGGUCUGCUCAGUGCUGUGUCUAUGAUCGUGGGGACGAUGAUCGGUUCUGGAAUCUUCAUCUCUCCCAAAGCCGUGCUGGAAGGAACUGGAGCUGUGGGACCCAGCCUGUGUGUUUGGGCCGCCUGCGGAAUACUGGCUACACUUGGGGCUCUGUGCUAUGCUGAGCUGGGUACUAUGAUUACUAAGUCGGGUGGAGAGUACCCGUAUCUGAUGGAGGCCUUUGGUCCAGUUCUGGGUUUCCUGUACUGCUGGACAACAAUUAUGGUCAUCAGGCCCUCAUCCUUCGCCAUCAUCGCCCUCAGCUGUGCCGAGUACGCGGCCACGCCCUUUUACCCAGGAUGCACUCCUCCUCGCCUCGUCAUCAAGAGCCUCGCUGCCGCCUUCAUCACACUGAUCACACUGGUGAAUUGUCUGAGUGUGCGGCUUGCCAAAUACGUCCAGAAUUUCUUCACGGCAGCAAAACUCCUCAUCAUCUUCAUCAUCAUAGUGGCCGGAAUCAUCCUACUGGCUCAAGGGAACACUCAGAAUCUCAGUAAUGGGUUUGAAGGGCCGAGAACAUCGUUUGGGGACAUCGGAUUGGCCUUCUACAACGGGCUCUGGGCCUACGGAGGAUGGAAUCAGCUGAACUUCAUCACAGAAGAAAUGAAAAACCUGAACAGGAACAUGCCCCUGGCGAUUGUGAUUGCCAUCCCCAUGGUAACAGGGUGUUAUGUUCUCACCAACGUGGCGUAUUUCACCAUCAUGACGCCAACAGAACUGCUGCAGUCGCCUGCCGUUGCAGUGACUUUUGGUGAUCGUGUGCUGUACCCUAUGUCGUGGGUGGUUCCCCUGUUCGUCGUUUUCUCCACAAUCGGAGCGGCCAAUGGGGGCUGCUUCACCGCCGGCAGGCUGACGUAUGUAGCUGCGCGAGAGGGUCACAUGAUUAAGAUUCUGUCCUACAUCAGUCUGAAAUACUACACACCAGCUCCUGCUCUCAUCUUCAAUGGGGUCCUAGGUAUCAUAUACAUCAUCCCAGCGGACAUCAGCACUCUGAUAAACUCUCUUAGUUUCACCCAGUGGCUGUUUUGUGGACUCACAGCCCUCGCUCUCAUAGUCAUGAGGUACACCAAGAGAGACCUGCACAGACCAGUCAAGGUGCCUGUGGUGAUAGCAGGGCUAUUUGUGUGUGUGUCGUGUUAUCUGGUGUUGGCCCCCAUCAUCGAUAAGCCGUCGCUGGAGUAUCUGUACUGCACAGCCUUCAUGCUCAGCGGCCUGCUCAUAUACCUGCUCUUCAUACACCUCUCACACACCUGGAGCCACAGCAUCAUGCGGCCAAUCACCACACACUUACAGCUGCUGAUGCAGGUGGUUCCCCCAGAGAAGAUGGACUGAGGACCACUCAGAAGACUACAAAUCUCUACCCUCGCUCAUACACUACAAACAACACCAGGGCUUCAAAUGCUAUAUUUUAAAGAACGAUUGGCAAAACUUGGUCCAGUGCAUUUGGCUGCAGUAAAAGAAAGCAUUCGUCUUGUGGCCACACAUUUCUGCCAGCCCAGGUCACUUUGCUGAAAUGAAAAUAAGGGGGAUGGAGGAGAGCACUGGUUAAUUACUCCCCCCACCAACCUGGCAGGUCAGGAGUCGAACCGGCAACCUCUGGGGGUGGAGGUGGACAUGACUUAAAAUGCCACUUCUUGACUGGGUGGUCAUGGGUAAGGGGUUAGAGUGUCAGACUUGGAGUGCAUUGCAAUAUGCGACCUUGCCUCCUCGUCCCGCCUCCUGGCCCCUCCUCCGUGGAGAAAACGAUUAAGUUUCCCAGCUGUCAGCCUAGCCACAACAACUUUUGAGGGACUGUUUUUCAUUCACCAUCCCCAUUGCAAAUGAGAAAAAGACUCUUUUGCAAGAUAUUGAAAUAUAAUGCUGUUGUCAGUGAUGUCAUCAUGACAUAUUACUUCCUGGUACGAGGAGAGAAGCAAGUGGAGGAGGCAAGGUCGCAUAUUGCAACGCACUCUUGUUGUCCAGAGGUUGCCGGUGUGACUCCCAACCUGCCAGGUUGGUUGGGGGAGUAAUUAACCAGUGCUCUCCUCCAUCCCCCUCCAUGGCUCAAUUCGAAACGGGAGGCAGUGACUCGAUGACUCUCCUCCUACAUACUGUAAACAGGUCACUGAUCAGAUAGGUGAAGUUAGCUGAUGAGGCAGCCGUUACGAAUGGCACUAACGAGUGCGCUGCCUUGCGCAUUUGAUGUUACGGCGAUUCUAUGGCGGGAGUUACGUUCAUCACGGUAGCGCUUAGCUUACGCAUGCUAUUUAAACGGUGAAUGAUCGUCAGAAUCAUAGAAUAAAAUAAGUAGAUCUAGUGACAGCAUAUUUAGAUACUACAAUGUUGAUUUAUCCAUUCGAUUUUCAAUAUCUACAUACAUAAGUGUCAGAAUAAAGAGUAUGAUAAGGUAGUAGCUUGGCUAGUAGCCAUGUUUGUUUUUCAGGUUUCCGGUUGAGAGGGAGGUGGCGCACAGCAUGUUGGGUACCAAGGCAGCGAAGUCAGCAUCUAAUGCUGACCUCAAAUAUCCCCGUUACGCCCACAAAUGCGGUCAACUGCCGAGGGAGGAAAUAAAGCAAUUUUUCGUUUCGAUCCACACUUCAUGACUCGAUGUCCAGUUAGCUCAUUGGAAGGACAGCUGCCUUCCCUGUUUCGAAUUGAGCCCAUGAGUGAGGUACCCUGUGCCCUGGUAAUGUCCCACUGCAGUGCUCCCUUGGGGAGUUCUGAAACGCAUUCCUUCCAUUGUUCCUUCCUGUUUGUUUUGGCCUAGAGCGAAUGCGUGCCAAAUGAAUUAUUCUUCCCCCCCAGAACCAAACUACCCCAAUUGUCAGUUCCCCCUUUCGUCACCCAAACACGAGAAACGAGGCUAUUCGUAAAGGCACCACGAGGCUUCAAGUUGAUUAGAUGGAGGCCAGCGGGGCGUGGGGGAAAAAAAGGUUGGAACUGGCAUAGAGGGACGCAUACUGUUGUCCGUCUGUCGGCCUUGUUUGUUUUUGUUUUUAGUCAAUUGAAAUGAUGAUGUCUGUCCUUCGGACAGCAGGUUUUACAGCAAUGAAAAAUAAUAAAAUCUACAUUUGUGUAACAGA